CUGUCAGUGUUGUCAACGUGAAGAAUGAUGAAUAUGCGUACUGUAACAUGCCCAAAGCAUCUCCUCCCGUCCAGCUAACUCGAAGCAAAUUCGCAAUGUGCAAGGCGCUUUGCGCAAGAGGUGCAUGAUGAUGCAUGAUGGACCGUGCGCGAAGGACCACAACGUCGGUAGAAUAUUUACGAAUUGAUGGAGGACAAGGAUGCCGCGAGCACGUGAUGGGAACGUCGAGCAUGCAGUGAACCCGCCUGUUGUUCCUGUCAGCCUCGUCGGAGUGUGUAGUCCGCUUCUUUCCCUUCGACCACCAUCUUCCCUCUGCCCUCGCUGCAACGCUGCCCUCCCAACCGCCCUCAUCGACCAUGCGCUUCGCUCUCGCUGCACUCGCUCUCCUCCCGGUCGCCGCGUUCGCCGAGAUCACCAUUCUCGCGCCUUCUCCUUCUGAGUACUGGGUGCAGGACACGAGCAACACGGUCACAUGGGACUAUAGCAGUGGUGACCCCAACCCGAUUGACAUCAACGUCGUCAACGUGGCCAACACCACGCUGGACGGAAACUUCACCAUUGCCACCUACGUCAACGUCUCGACGCAGUCGUUCACCGUGACGAAUGUGACUCUCGUGGUGGGCAGCGACUACCAAAUUCAGUUCGUGAAUCCCGCCAACCUGAGCGAAGUGUAUGCGACAAGCGGGUUCUUCUCCGUCAAGGCGCCGGGCACUGCCGCCGCUCCAUCCGUCACUCCGUCUAGCGCUGCAGCCUCCGCCUCGUCUUCGGCUUCCGGGUCUGCUGCCAGCGGAUCCGCUGCCUCUGGGUCUGCGAGCGCGUCCGGCUCCGCUGUAUCGGCCGCUGCGUCGUCGAAGAGUGCUGCUCCUCGCACUUUUGGCACGUUAUCUGCGCAGGGUGUCCUCGGUGUCAUUGUGACAUGCGGUAUUGCUGGCAUGUCAGCCCUCUUUUUGUAAGCGUGCAGAGACGAUGCAUGCCAUGGUCCUUUGCGAAAAUCUGGGCUCGGAGACAUUCUUCCCCGCGUAAGAUCCUUUGUGGAUGUAACGAACGUUUGGCGUAGUGGACGAUCAUGUCCUGUCCUUUCUGUUGGACCCCUCGUUUACUUGUUGUUUGUUGUUCACCAGUGAUACCCCGCAGGACUUUUCGGCUACCUUUGAGAGUUGUUCAUUAGUAUACGACGAGCCUUCUGUGAUACUUCAUUGUCAUAAUGUGUCGUCUCUAAUAGUGAAGUUGUUGUUGUCUUCAUGGACUUGUGCGCGCAUUGACGAAGUUGCGAGAACUCGACGGAUUUCUAGUCUUGUUGCGAUGUUCGCGAUCUAUCGUCACCGUUUGCUGCCGUUAACGAGGAUGUCAUCCUUGUUGGUCAUGACUUAGUCAUGCAUCCGCGGGGAUACGAGAAGUCGUUAAUGUUUCGGAU